UGGGAUUUUCUUUUCUUGUGCACUUCGCCUAGUGCGGUCACGUGAGGGCGCUACUGGCGGGCGGGCGGCUAGACACGCGAUAAGACUAGCGUCGCAUUCUAUGACUUUUGACGAGGCAUCGCAUCGGGAACUUUUUUUCUGCCUCGAGUUGCUCGAUCAAUUAGGUUUGCUCGUCCCAUCAACAUAUUUAGUCAUGGUCGCCAUCUUCCAGCAUCCUUUUCAGCGCCUUCAGUUCGUGGACCGGCAGCAUGUCGGUCGUCAGAACAUCAUUGUAGGGUCGGCCGGCUCAAAGCUCUACUCGUACGCUGCCGAGACCGGACAGCGGCUUGCUAGUUGGCCCCAGGCUGAAGACCAGAGCAAUGUUGAGAACCAGGGUCCGCCAGAGAAGAAGAGGAAGCUGUCCGCGACGGACGAGACGGCAGUUGAACAGCCUACCUCAACCAACGGAGCAUCCGGGAAAUCCAAAACCCCGUCCUGGACGAGCAUUCCUCUCGUGGUAGCUUCUUCUACCGGCGAACAUGUGGUUGCAAUGACAUUGGAGGAUAAAUGCGUCCGUGUCUUCAAACUGGGCGAGGACGGCUCAUUCCAGCAAUUGAGUGAAAGAGUCAUGCCAAAGCGCGGCUGCGCGCUUUCCCUGGUUAGCAAUGACAGCUUGGUCUUGUUGGGUGACAAAUUUGGAGACGUCUAUUCCCUGCCAUUGAUUCCCGGCGAUGAGGAAGUUGCGGCGCCCAAAGUUGCCGCUCGCAAAAUGAAGCAUAACUGGCCCGCAGCGACGAAUCUAACGGUGCACACCAAGGGGAACUUGGCGUCUUUGGAACAGCAAAAGCUCCAAUACGACGCGAAAAUGAAGAAGCUCUCAGAAGAAGGACCUAGUUUGAAAUUUGAGCAUCAAUUGCUCGUCGGCCACGUGUCUUUGCUCACUGACCUGGCUUUCGUCUCGCUCCCCGUGGACGCGUCCGGUGACAAGAAACGCACUUACAUUCUGACUGCGGAUCGAGAUGAGCACAUUCGCGUUUCUCGCGGACCUCCUCAGACGCACGUCGUUGAGAAUCAGUGUCUGGGCCACACCUCGUUUAUCACCAAGCUCUGCGUUCCGGCAUGGGCUCCGGAGUACCUUGUUUCUGGUGGAGGCGACAAUUACCUGCUUGUGUGGAAGUGGGCCGAAGCGCACAUACUACAGAAGGUUCCUCUGGUGGAGGAGACGUCAGAGUCUGCUCCCAUUGCUGUUCGUGGCAUCUGGGCAACAUCAUUCGGCACAUUGAAAUUGAUCUUGGUCGCGAUCGAGGGGUGAGUAGCUCCCAGAAUUACGCAAGUCGAAACAUUUACAGAGCUCUAACCAUACGCUAGAUCCACGCAACUCCGGUGCUUUGUGCAAGAAUCGGACGGCACGUUGAAAGAGCAGCAGUCGGUUAGUGCUUCGGGCAACAUUCUUGACGUGACGAGCAACGAGAAGGACAGCACGGUCAUUGUCUGCGUCGAUAAUGUUCGAGAGGCAGGAUCGACGCAGGAAUGGAGAGCCAGCCCGGCUGCGACUGUAGUCGAGGCCUAUCGUGCGAAAUCUGAGGGCGAGAGCUUGGCUUGGGAACCGGUGACGGACUCGACGAUCUCCAACAUCAAUUCCAGCGGCACUUCUGACUUGGAAGCCAUCGCAGACGCCAAGAAACGCAAGGAGGCCAACGACUCACUAUAUGGAUUGGGCAAUCUGCGAAAGAAGCAUAUGGGCGUGGAUGAUUGAGACCAGUAGUAUAAGGAAUACACCCUGUUUUGUCUAUAGAUCAAAAGCUACCGUAUAUAAAUUUACAUCAAG